UAAAGUAGAAUGUGUAUCAAAAAUAUUCAAUCAGCUAAAUGAUCUAGAAAGAGAAGAAAUUGGUUAUUUUCGGCAGGGUAUUGUUAUUUGUAUGGCAAUUGAAGAUUAUGAUAUUAAUGAGGAUAAGAGUAAAGGAAAAAAGAGAAAAUUAAAUGAAAAGAACUUUAAAGAAUUUAAAUUGUUAAUGAAAAUAUUUCCUAUAUUUAAUGAAGAAAAAUAUGAAUUUGAUUUUGAUGAAAAUACUGGAAAUAUUAUUGAAAAACACCUUAAUUAA